UGUUCAAGUUACCAAAAGACUCAUGUACUGUAAACUUGACUCUCUGUACCUACGUACUCAGCUGCAUUGUUACUACCAUUUAAUUCUAUGAUGGAAACUCCAAGAACACCAUUACAGCCUUCAACUUUCAGAAACGUAAUCACAGUCCUUAGCAUCGACGGUGGUGGGAUUAGAGGGAUUAUCCCAGGAAUCGUCCUUGCUUUCCUGGAGUCUCAGUUACAGUUUUGCUACCGAUGCACGCAGAAGCUAGAUGGCGAGGAAGCAAGACUUGCAGAUUACUUCGAUGUGAUUGCAGGCACUAGCACUGGUGGGUUAGUGACUGCCAUGCUAACUGCUCCAGAUGACCAAAACCGACCUCUGUUUGCGGCCAAGGAUAUUAAAGACUUCUAUCUUCAUCAUUGUCCUAAAAUCUUCCCCCAAAACUGUUGCCCAUUUUCAGCUGCUUUAAAGUUGGUCAAGUCUCUAUCAAGUCCAAGAUACAACGGCAGGUACUUACACAAACUUGCCAAGGAAAAGUUAGGCGAAACACGAUUGCACCAGACUCUGACAAAUGUUGUCAUACCAACUUUCGACAUCAAGAACCUUCAGCCAAUCAUCUUCUCCUCGUACGAGGAGAAAAAGAACCGACAGGUAGAUGCUCUUCUGUCGGAUAUAUGUCUGGGAACUUCUGCUGCCCCAACUUAUCUCCCAGCUCAUCAUUUUGAGACCAAAGACUUUGUGGGCACAUCAAAAGAAUUCCAUCUCAUUGAUGGAGGUGUAGCUGCUAACAAUCCAGCUCUCGUUGCCAUUGGUGAGGUGACAAAAGAAAUCACCCGAGGGAGCCAGGAAUUUGUCAGUAUAAGAGCAAACGAUUACACGCGAUUUCUGGUGGUGUCGCUGGGGACUGGUUCGCAUAAAUGUGAAGAGAAGUACAGUGCUCAAAACGCAGCUAAGUGGGGAGUAUUGGGAUGGUUGGCAGCUGACGACUCCUCUCCGUUGAUCGAUGCGUUUACCGAUGCCAGCGGUGAUAUGGUUGAUUUCUACCUUUCCGCUGUCUUUAAAGCCCUUAAAUGUGAUGAUAACUAUCUUCGUAUUCAGGAUGAUACGCUGGUAGGCGAGUUGUGCUCCGUGGAUACUGCAACGAAAGCCAAUUUGGAGAAUCUUGUAAGAGUUGGAGAGGAAUUGUUGAAGAAACAAGUUUCAAGGGUGAAUUGGGAGACUGGUCGCUUUGAGCCUGUUAAGCAGAAGACCAACGAGGAGGAACUAAUCAGUGUGGCGGAGAAACUUUCGAAGGAGAAGCGGCUUCGGGACUUGAAAUCACCUCAUGGAAAAGUGGAGGAAAAGAUGAACCCAUAAAUAACUGAAGAAUGUUUUUGUUUUUGUUCUUUGUCACCUUUUGCUUUUAUUGAGGACUGAUCUCCAGUUAAUUCGUGCAUUAAUUGAAGCUUCUACUUUCAUCAACCAAUAAACUACAUUUCAUCAUUGGGAAA